UAGGAAAGGUUAUAGAGAGCAGAAUGAAAAAUAAUAAAAACAGCUUGGAAGUUUCUACAGCAGCAGAAUACUCUAAUUUAAAAGAGAUGAACAUAUCUACUAUUAUCCAGAGCUCAAAAAUUACACAAAAGAUACUUUCCCAGCAGAAAACCCCUGUGUCACGUUUCUCUCAGAAAGAUGGAAAAAAAAUCCCAGAAAGGAAAGGCUCAGGUGUCAAGUCCUAAAGAAAUAAAACCAAUGAUAUAUGCAGAUGAUCAUGAUGCUCUUUGCCUUCACCCUGGACUUUCAGUGAGCAGCAUUGUCGAUAUCUUCACUGAUCGCAUAAGAGAAGCAGACUGUCAGCGAGGAGUUGUUUGGGUGUUGGCAGAAGUUGAUGAUAUCUGUACUGACCCAUCAGCUCUUUUGUCUUUACUUAAGGCUUUUGGAAAUCAAGAUCGCAUUUUCUUUAUCACUCUUCAUGAUACUACAGAAGCUGAGUCAGAAAGACAAUCUCAAAGGAUUCAAAAUGUUU